UCCAACUUCGCAAAAACCCAACCCGAUCGUCGUCUACGGUUCCUUCUUGCAUACACCAAACCAGAGAGAGAGGUGGCGGCGGCGGCGAAGGCGCCUGCCAUCUGGGCUACGAAGAGGGUUAUGCAUUCGUCGGGUGGCGAGAUGGAGGCGGUGGAGAAGGCGAUGCGUGACAAGCGGAUGGAGGAGAGGGAGAAACGUGAGGCGGUGAUGGAGGAGCGGAUGGCAAAGAAGGAGGAGGAGGAGGCGGAGAAGGCAAAGAAAGCGGCGAUGAUAAAGGCCGCGAAGGAAUUUGUUGAAGCGACGGGGAGGAAGAUCUUAGAGAAAAGGGGGGAACCCGAGGAUCCCUUUGAACAGUUUCGUGGUUUCUGGACGAGGGUUUGGGGCGAAGACGGCUAUUUUGGUAAAUUCGAGGAUGAGACUACUAUCCCCCCCCCCCCCCCCCCCCAUGAGUUUCACCUUCUCUGGCGAUGGCUCAACCAAGAAUACGCUGCAGUUCUUUUCAGUCAAAGUUGCAAAGAUUGA